AUUAAGAGGAAGUAGGAACUCAAUUGCUUACCAUUAAUUGUAAAAUUGGUUAAUUUGAAUUACUGGUUAUCCUGAUUGUUAACUGAUUUACUGAUUAAUUAAAAGCUGAUCGCGAUUUGAAUAUUGGUGAUUAUCGAUAUGAUUACUUUCUGGUGUAAUUGUUGUUGUUUUAUCGGGUGAAAUUUUCUCUUUACGGUAAUCAGUUAAUUGGGACAAUUUACUUUGAAUCGGUUGACAAACUUUUCUGCUUAAUUUUUGUCUUAAUCAUCAUGAGAUCACCAAUAAUGCUAAUCAUCACUCUCACUCCUUUAAUCCUUCAACCAGAACUUUUUACCAAUACGAUAACAGUUACAAUCAAUCCCAAGUUAAAUUAGAGUUAUAAUUAUGUUUAGUUUAAUUGUAAUUCGGUUUUCUCAAUUGUUUACCCAAAAUCUUCAAGUGUCAGACAACUGAAUUAACUGAUUGUGUUCAGCUUUUCACUUGUCCAUCUUAAUGAUUUUUACUUAUACAAAAGUUAAUGUCCAGUUAAUUGCGAAUGGAUUAUUUUCAAUUGUGGUUUAAUUGUGUUUCCAUUUAACUUGUUGGAUUAUUGUGCAUCUAAUUUAAUUGUAAACCUGAUUAAUUCAGGUAUCAAUUGAUUUACUUGGUUUAGAUUAUUAUUAAGUUAAAAUGAAGUUAAUUGUUAUCCAUUCAUUGAUUAUCCUUGUGACAUUAUUAACUGUUAAUUGUGGAAUGCAACUUAAUUUUGGUGUUAAUUUACCUCCGUUUGUGCUUCGAUUGCCGCGAUUUAAAUUGCCACCAGUUCGUAUGUCGGUUACAUUUAAUCAUUCACCUGAUUCUCAACCAUUGAAGAUUCAUUUUCCAGGAAUAUCAAUUUCAAAUACUAAUCAACAUCACGAUAGUUGGAGUGAUAACUCAGUUGUCCCAGAACCAGAAUCUGAACCAGAACAUAAUAUGUACCAUGACCCGGAGGCUGAAUCUGAGCCUGAAACUUAUUCCCAUCAACAAAUUAAUUAUCAUCAAAAUAAUCAUCAUCAACAAGGACCAAUAAUUAACCAUGGAUACAAUUAUAAUCACAACGAUUUUUAUGGUGAUAAAUCACUUGCCAAAUCAACAUCAUCAACUGGAAUCGGUUCAUAUCAUUUACAGCAAAGAUCAAGACGAGAAUCAAUGACAAUCAACGGAAACGAUAAACCAAUUCAACAGCGACAAUCAAAAAUUGUAAUCAAAUCAAUAACCAAUAAUAACCAAUGUGUCAACUCUAAUUGUUCACCUCGACAUAAUCAAUUGUUAUCACAAUAUAAUCAUCACCUUGGUUCUCAAUCAUCUUCAAUUAUGGUCACCGAGCCAACAAUUACCAACAAUCUAAACAAUUUAAGAUUAACUUUAAUUGCUCCUACUAAAUCAACGUCUCCAUUACCAUCUAAUUGGAAACAAUCAAGUAAAUGAAAUGUUAUCAUUUGAAACGAAAACAUAAUUGUAACAUUAAUUAACUUAUUCUAAUCAAAACAAUUAUUUUUAACGAAACAAGAGAUAAUAAAGAUUGAAAAUUACUGAAAAGCAACAAUGAUUAAUUGUCACGAUAA